AUGGAGAGGCACAGAUGCAAAGUUUGCUUCAGAAAUUUCGGUGAUGGAAGAGCUCUAGGUGGCCACAUGAGAUCUCACUCCAUGAAUUCCUCCAAACAAGUCGAGGAAACGCACUCGUGUUCCUCGUCGCGAGGCGAAGUCGUCGAGAAUCGAGAAGACGGCGAGACGGCGCCGUCGUCGAAAAUUAGGGCAAGAGAAAUUACUAAUUACGAGGAGCGAUCGCCGUUGAGUUCGGUUUCGGACACGGCUACCGAAGAAGAUGUCGCUCGUUGUUUGAUGAUGCUGUCGAGAGACAGAUGGGAGAGACGAAAUGAGAAUGACGACGACGACGACGACGACGAAGAAGAUUCGGGUCAUCUUCGUAAAGCAAAAGGGCUAAGGUGGAUUAGAGGGAAAUACAAAUGUGAAAAGUGUAACAAGUUGUUUAAGUCUUAUCAAGCUCUCGGUGGCCAUAGGGCUAGUUAUAACAAGAAGAUUAAAACUGACGUGGCGGCUCGGUUUUCGAGUGGCCCGGCGGCGGCGGCGGCGGCGGCGGCGGCGGUGGAGGAGAAAGUGCAUGAGUGCCCUUUUUGUGAUAGGGUUUUUGCAUCAGGGCAGGCGUUGGGAGGGCACAAGAGGUCACAUUUUAGGGGUGCAUCGAGUGUGAGAAUAAUUUCAAGAAUUGGUGAAAAUUUAGACAUUGAUUUAAAUCUCCCUGCUCCUGUUGAUGAUGGUGAGCAAUGAUCGAUGUUGAAAUGUUUUUAAUGAAAUCAAAUUUUUUUUUUUUUGGAUGGUUAAUGAGAUUAUUAUUGAUUAUU